CAACUGUUACUGAUUAGGUUCUAUUGGAAGAUAAAGAAUCUAAUUGGCAUGCUAUGAGAGAGUGUAAAACUUUUUUCCACAAUCUCAAAAUAAAUUGAUUUUCUUAUGGAAAGUAUUCGGAGAAACAGUGUUCGAAAUUUUCUGAUUUGUUAACGUUGUAAAAAUUCUUUACACUGAAAUGACAGUUAAUCUGAAACAAGCAGUAAAAGUGUCUUUUUUUUAACCUUUUUUUUCCUUCAUACAUAUAGACAUGAAUGGUUGUUCGUUGGCAUCUUGCCUCAACUUUUACUGAUUGAUAGAAAUUUGGAUAUUUUUUUACAAUUCUUUAUAGGGUUGGAUCAUGUGAAAUUGAGCCUUAAACACCUUUGUAGCUUCGUUCAUGUGGGGCUGUGGUUUUCUUCUGAUUCGCAGUUAGAAAACUAUACGCGAUUGGUACCAUUUACUGAGCAUAUGCUAAUUUGGGCAGUACCAUGUUCCUAAUUGUUAAAGAUGUAUUGUAUGUUUUUCUCUAAAGGGCUGAGCUUUUGGAAAAAGUUGGUUCAUGAAUACUUAUUGGAGCAAUUAUGACCCAAGGGUGUAGGAAGAACUAGACCACCCCUUACCAAGAAGCUACUGAUGUCCUUCUUCAUUCUUGGAUUGACCGGGGUAUUUGGCAACCAGCUUUUGUUUCUUAUUGGUUUAAGUUAUACUAAUCCAACUUAUGCUGCUGCUGUACAGCCAACUAUUCCAGUCUUCACAUUUUUGUUUACUUUGAUGAUGGGAAUAGAAAAACUGAACUUGCUCACAUAUGAAGGUUGGGCAAAGGCUGGAGGAACUCUUUUAUGUGUUUCAGGAGCCAUAUUUAUGGUUUUUUAUCGUGGUCCAGCUGUGAUAGGGGGUAACGAAAUGAACCAAGUUACACAAAUUAAACCAAGUGGCAGAGGCCAGCCAGAGCCUUCAGUAUGGUUAAUCAACAGUUAUCUUGAUAUUGGAUUAGAUAACUUUCAGCUUGGGGUUGUGUUCUUGAUAGGGAACUGCAUAUGCAUGGCUGCUUAUCUAGCCCUUCAGGCACCAUUAUUGAAAAAGUAUCCAUCAAAUCUAUCUGUCACAGCAUAUUCAUUCGCCUUUGGAGUUGCACUGUUGGUGAUUGCAUCAUUUUUCAUGGUUAACGAGUCAACUGACUGGAUUUUGACACAAUCAGAGAUACUGGCUGUUGCAUAUGCUGGAACUAUUGCAUCUGCUCUUAACUACGGAAUCAUUUCAUGGAGCACUAAGAUCUUGGGGCCAGCUUUGGUUUCCCUUUACAAUCCUCUUCAACCUGCAUUUUCUGCCUUCCUUUCACAAAUUUUCCUUGGCACUCCAAUUUACCUGGGAAGCAUCCUAGGGGGAUCUUUGAUCAUUGCUGGUCUAUAUUUAGUUACUUGGGCAUCUUAUAGAGAAAGACAAGAAACUUAUGGAGUUACUCCUAAUGGCUCUUGGAUCUCUGAACCACUUCUUCAUGAAAAAAGUGAAUACCAGAAUGAUCACACUCAGGGUCCUCCAGCGUAAACAUCAAAGCCAAGCUCAUCAGAUUCGUUAUUCAAUAGCAAUGCGUUUUGAAAAGUUUUCUCAUGAUUCUUGAAUUUGUUUUUGAAAUCUGUUUAAAUGGUAUGCUUGUAUUUUAUAUUAUAAAUGUGAAAUGUUGUUUGAGGACAAACUGGGAAUGUGAAGUGUAUUAUGAUAUUUAUAUCUUCCCAAUUUUGAUAUCCUGUUAAAUUUAACUGUCAACAAUUCUGAGAUAA